UCGUUAAGCUUCCUGCAUCCAAAGCUCAUGGAAAGCCCCCUUUCCGACUCUCUGUACAGUCCUAAGACCUUUUCCUUCAUCUCUCUCUCUUUCUCUGUACAUUGAUUUGAUCCCAUGACCUUUAUUUGACUUCGUUGAGAAUUACUAGUGUAUACCCUCUUCCUUAAGCUUUCUCAGCGUCUCUCUCUCUAUAUAUAUAUAUGCGUCUGUCUGUUUCAUUCAAUGCUCUGUCACUCUGCUUUCACUCUCUCGCUAAGCUAAGAUCUGGUUUUUUGCGUGUGCGCUUUGGUUUUCUGUGUGCGGGUUUUUGUAACGUACCGAUAUGGAGAAGGCGAGAGAACAUAUAGAGGAGAUACGUAAAAAAAAGUUUUCUAUUGGAGGGGAAGAGAACCCAUUGACGGAGGAUCUUCACCAGGCCGUCAAGAACCUCUCUGCUGAACUUUAUGCCAAGGAUGUCCACUUCCUCAUGGAACUCAUUCAGAAUGCGGAAGACAAUACUUACUUGGAGGGUGUGGAUCCGUCGCUUGAGUUCAUCAUAACUUCUCAGGACAUCACGGCCACGGGAGCUCCAGCGACAUUUCUGAUUUUCAACAAUGAAAAAGGUUUCUCUUCCAAAAAUAUAGACUCCAUUUGCAGUGUUGGUCGCUCCACCAAGAAAGGCAACAGGAAACGCGGUUAUAUUGGAGAGAAAGGAAUUGGGUUCAAGAGUGUCUUUCUGGUUACUGCUCAGCCAUACAUAUUCAGCAAUGGGUAUCAGAUUCGGUUCAACGAAGAGCCUUGCCCACAUUGCAAUCUUGGGUACAUUGUGCCUGAAUGGGUGGAGGAAAACCCAACUCUUUCUCACAUAAAACAAAUCUAUGGUUCUGGAAAUACUCUUCCAACGACGACAAUAGUCUUACCUCUGAAGCCCGAUAAGGUCGAACCCGUGAAGCAGCAGCUCUCCAGGAUUCAUCCUGAAGUUCUCUUGUUCCUUUCAAAGAUAAAGCGGCUUUCUGUCAGGGAACAUAAUAAUGAUUGUAGACUCAAUACUGUCAGUGCAAUAGCUAUUACGAGUAAGACUGACAUUGUGACGAAGAAGAACAUUGAUGCUGACUCCUACACACUCCAUCUCUCAGCCGAGGAAAAGGAUAAAGGGUCCGACAAAGAUUGCCGUUACUACAUGUGGAAGCAGAAGUUCCCUGUUAGGCAAGAAAACAAAGUGGAAAGGAGAAUGGAAGUAGAAGACUUGGUGAUCACGUUGGCUUUUCCCUUUGAUGAGCGUCUCAACAGAGGGAUGAGCUCACCUGGGGUCUAUGCAUUUCUUCCGACAGAGAUGGUCACUAACUUUCCCUUCAUAAUCCAGGCAGAUUUUCUUCUUGCAUCAUCAAGGGAAACGAUCCUCUUGGACAACAAGUGGAACAAAGGGAUUCUUGACAAUGUGCCCUCUGCUUUUAUCAAUGCUUUGGUCUCUCGUGUAAAAAAUUCAGAAAAUGCUCCAGUAUCUAGUUUGACUCCCAUGUUCAAGUUCAUUCCUGUCAACAGCUCUUCUUAUCCAGAGUUGAAUAUCGUGAGGGAGUCGAUCAAAGCAAGGCUUGUAGAAGAAAAUAUUGUUCCAAGUGAGUCGUACACAAAGCAGAAAUUCUUUCAUAAACCUCGAGAAGUUCGUAGGCUUAUGCCUGCUUUCUGGGAGAUAUUGGAGAAGGCGAAGGAUCAAGGGUUGAGUUUGCUCGAUCUCUCAUCACAUGGAAAUUAUAUUUUGAGUUCUGCAUUUGACAGAAAGGAGUAUGAUCACGUAUUGAGUUUCUUGGGAGUGGAGCCAGUCAAUAACAACUGGUAUGUGAAGUGCAUCGGGAGUUCUAAUCUCGUUGCAGGAGUGUCAGAGGAGCUGUAUCUGGAGAUUUUACUAUUUGUUGCUGAUAAUUGGACGUCGAAAUUUGACUGCUCCGACAUCAGGAAUAUACCACUAAUGAAAUAUGUGGGUCCUCAAGGGGAUACGUCUUUGUGCAGCAUAAAUGAAUGCAUAACUGGGAACCGGCGGAGAUUGGUUUCCCUAUCACAACAGUAUCAUCUGGUGUCAUGGCUGAUUGAAUCCAACAGGGAAUUCAGAUGUGUGGGCAAUCGUUUUUUUGUGCCUAAAAGCACUCAAGAAGCUAUCUUCUCCUUCUCUAAGAGGGUGACGGUGUGGGAAUGGCUUCAAGCUCAUGUCAAGAUUAGUGUUGUUAAAGUAUAUGACUAUGCAGUUCACCUAAUUGACUAUCUCCAAAAAGACCGGAAGCUUGCUGUUGCCUUUGUUAACUUCUUAUAUCACUCUUUCUCGAAGAAUCAUCUUUCAAAAUCGGAGGUGGAUAAUUUGUGUCUCUCUAUGCCGCUUGUAGAUAAUUAUGGGAAUCUAACCACCCAGAGGAAAGAGGUUCUUGUCCCUGCUAAUGGAAGCAAAUGGGUGGGAUUGAUUCGUUUGAAUCCAUGGAGAGGUCAAGGCCAUGUUGAGUUAGGAGAAGACUACUUGCAUCCAGGCCGUUUUGCAGGUGAAUUUACUUCUGGAGAACAGCUCUUAGAGUUCCUUAAAACUCAUGUUGCAGCUUCUGAUAUCCCUUUUAUAUCUCCAAAUGCUGCAAUUCCUGCUGUUUCUGCACCACUUACCAGUGAAAAUGCAUUCUUGUUGUUGGAUUGGAUUCGAAACCUGAAACUUAGAUCAAUUGGCAUUCCAGAUACCUUCUUGAAAUGCAUAAAGGAAGGUAGCUGGCUCAAAAUUACUACCAAUGGCUGUUCUGGCUACAGGCCACCAUCUCAGUCAUUCAUGCUUGCCUCGUCACUGGGAAACAUUUUGCAGAAUGUAUCAGUGCUUAUUGAUAUUCCAUUGAUUGAUCAAAGUUUUUAUGGAGAUAGAAUAAAUGAGUAUAAGAAGGAGCUGAAGACAAUUGGAGUCAUGUUUCGGUACGGGGAAGCAUGUGAAUACAUUGGGAAGUAUCUUAUGUCUCUUGCAGAUUCCUCCACUUUGACUAGAGACCACGAGCUUUCUGUGCUUAGAUUCAUCAGAUUCUUGCGGGAAAAACCUCUUCAUCUUGGGGAAUUCAUCAAGAGUGUCAAAGAAAAAAUAUGGCUAAGGACAAAAUGUGGUAGACGGUCUCCAGUUGAAUCUGUUUUGUUUGAUCGCGAAUGGGAAAUUGCAUCACAAAUCAGUGACAUCCCUUUCAUUGAUACAGCUUACUAUGGGGAGGAAAUCCUUCCUUUUAAAGAGGAACUCAAGUCGUUAGGUGUGUUAAUUGGAUUCUGUCAAAGUUACAACCUCGUUAUAGACAACUUGAGGUCGUCUUCAUGCUUGACUUCCCUGACAGCUGAAGCUGUUCUUUUGAUCCUGGAAUGUGUACGUCGUUUAAAAUCAUCCAACAAACUCAUUGAGGCAUUGAAAGGCGUGAAAUGCUUCAAGACAAAUAUCGGUUACAAUUCUCCAGGAGAAUGCUUCUUGUUUGACUCACAAUGGGGUUGCAUCCUACAGGUUUUCAGAGGUUUCCCAUUGAUUGAUGGUGGCUUUUAUGGAAGCAGCAUCUUCUCUUACAAAAACGAGUUGAAGCAAACAGGGGUGAAGGUGGAUUUUGAGGAGGCGGUCAAAGUAUUUGCUCAAAGUUUCAAGCAGCAAGCACCUUCCAUGAGAAAAGAAAAUGCUUUGUCUUUCUUGUCAUGUUACAGAAAGCUAAAGGACACUCAAUAUAAGUUUCCUUCAGAUCUUAAGAAAUACAUACGGGAGGAGAAGUGGUUGCGGACUCGGCUAGGUGAUUAUAGAUCUCCAAGCAAUUGUAUUCUGUUUGGGUCAGAUUGGCAAUCAAUUUCUCCAAUUACUCUCCUCCCUUUCAUAGAUGAUAGUGACAACUAUUAUGGGGAGGACAUUCAUGAAUACAAGAAAGAGCUGAAGAAGAUGGGGGUUAUUGUUGAUAUCAAAGAUGGUGCGAAGUUCGUAGCUUCUUGUCUUUAUUUCCCCCAAGAUCCGUCCCACAUAACUCCUGGAAAUAUUCUUAAAUUGCUCGAAUGCAUUCGCAUUUUAUUGCAAGAUGAGAAUUAUUCAUUUCCGGACAAUUUCUGGAAAAAUGUUUCCCAAAAAUGGUUGAAGACCCGUGUUGGUCAUAGGCCUCCAGUCGAGUGUUUAUUGUUCGAUUCCAGUUGGGGUUCUUAUUUGAAGCAGACUGAUGGACCUUUUGUAGAUGAAGGUUUUUAUGGUUCUGGUAUUACGUCUUACAAAAAAGAACUCAAAGCAAUAGGGGUUAUUGUUCAUGUGAAAAAAGGAUGCCCAUUGAUUGUCAGCUACCUUGAUUUCCAUCUUGAAUUUCCUACUAUGGUUCGAAUAUAUAACUACUUGAGUAAGUUUAAUUGGGAGCCAGACAUCGAAGCUGCCAAAAGGAUUUGGAUCCCAGAUGGAAGUCAGAAUGGAAAGUGGUUCAGCCCCAGAGAAUGUGUUUUGCAUGACGAGGAUGGUCUAUUCAGUUUGCAGCUCCAGGUUUUGGAGAAACACUAUGAGCAAAAUUUAUUUAGCUUUUUCUCCAAUGCUUUCCGUGUUAGAAACAAUCCUUCAGUGGAUGAUUACUGCAAGCUAUGGAAGGUUUGGGAAAGUUCAGGACACCCAUUGCAACAUGCUGACUGUUGUAAGUUUUGGGUGUAUGUUUCGAAGCACUGGAGCGCAAAGACUGAGAGUACUCUUGCUGAUAAUAGCUUGGUGAAAUUACCUGUUGGUUCAGGCUCAGAUGGAAUCUUGCUGUCCAACAAGCGUGAUGUUUUCAUUGCUGACGAUCUCCAACUGAAGGAUCUUUUUGAGCAGUUUUCUCCUCAACCUAUAUUUGUCUGGAACCCUCGACAAAACUUGCCUUCUUUACCUCGGACAAAGUUGCUUGAAAUUUACAGGAAAAUUGGGGUUCCAACAAUAUCUGAAUCUGUGCAGAAGGAAGAAUCAUCCUUAGUGGAUGUUGCUCAUCUCAAUCAGGUGAAUCCAAAGGAAGUUUUGAUUAAGAAAGGGCUGGUUGGGCUCAUCCUUGGUUUUCUAGCAGGCCCUACAAUGAAAAUGGUAGUGGAAACGAGGCAUGAGGCUGUCAAAGGGCUUCUGAAUAUUACUUUCCUCGAGACUGUUGAACCCAUCACUUUUAAUUAUAGCUUAUCUCUUUCUUCUGGGGAACUUGUGAAAGCAACAGGAACCCGAAUGAUACGUUGGGAUAGAGAGGCUUCGAAGUUUUUGGCACAAAAGCUGGACAGGUCUAGUGGUUAUAAGAAUAUCAUUGAAUAUGCCACAGAUUUUUCUGAAGCAAUAUCCGAGGGUUUGUUAUUGGAGAACAGCGAUCAUAUUGGUGCCCUCUCUGAGCUGAUAAAGUUGGGCUUCUUUCUGGAAUUUAAUGAAGAAGCAGUCGGGUUUUUAAUGAAGUCCAAGAAUUUGCAGAUUUUCAUUGAGGAUGAGGAGUUCCUCGCUGCUACCUUCCCUUCUGACUAGCUCGUCGCACAGAAGUUGGACAGGUCUGGUGGAUACAAGAAUAUCAUUGAAUAUGCUACAUAUUUUUCUGAAGCAAUAUCCGAGGGACUGUUAUGGGAGAACAUCGAUCAUAUUGAAGCUCUAUCUGAGCUGAUCAAGUUGGGCUUCACGCUGGAAUUUAACGAGGAAGCUGUCGAGUUUUUAAUGAAGUCGAAAAAUUUGCAGAUUUUCUUUGAGGACGAGGAGUUCAUAUAUAGCUUCCACCUUCCCUUCUGACUGGGUAUAUGCCAUAAAUCGUUGAUGCUUCUUUCAUCUAUUUGCUGUGUGUUUCUGGUAGUUAUAUGAAGAAUGAAUCAGUUACUGCACUCUGAUUCUAAUGGUUUGUUAUAAGGUGUAAACCUUUUUAUUUUACUUUGUUUUGUUUUUUCUGAAGCUUUCUUUAUUUCUCUCUCUGUUGGGAGUGCUUCUCUUGUAAUUAUGAACUAAAUGAUAAUGUGGGUAU